AUGGGGAUGAUGGAUAUGAUGGGGGUGAUGGGGAUGAUAGGGAUGAUUGGGUUGAUGGGGAUAAAGGGGGUUAUGGGGGUGAUGUGGAUGAUGGGAAUGACAGGAUGUGAUGGAGAUGAUGGAAAUGAUUGGUGUGAUGGGGAUGAUGGAGAUGAUGGAGAUGAUGGAGAUGAUGGGGAUGAGGGGGGUGAUGUGGAUUAUGGAGACGAUGUGAAUGAUGUGGAUGAUGUGGAUGAUGUGGAUGAUGUGGAUGAUGGAGAUGAUGAAGAUGAUGGGGAAGAUUGGUGUGAUGGGGAUAAAGGGGGUGCUGGGGAUGAAGGGCAUGAUGGGGGUGAUGUGGAUGAUGUCGAUGAUGGGGAUGAUGGAUAUGAUGGAGAUGAUGGGGAUGAUGAUGAUGGGGAUGAGGAGAAUGAUGUGGAUGUUGAAGAUGAUGGGUGUGAUGGGGAUGAUGGAGAUGAUGGGGAUGAAUGGAGAGAUGGGGAUGAUGUGGAUGAUGUGGAUGAUGUGGAUGAUGGAGAUGAUAAAGAUGAUGGGGAUGAUGGGUGUGAUGGAGAUGAUGGGGAUGAUGGAGAUGAUGGAGAUGAUGGAGAUGAUGGAGAUGAUAGGGAUGAUGGGGAUGAUGGGGGUGAUGUGGAUGAUGUGGAUGAUGUAGAUGAUGGGGAUGAUGGAUAUGAUGGAGAUGAUGGGGAUGAUGAUGAUGGGGAUGAGGAGAAUGAUGUGGAUGUUGAAGAUGAUGGGUGUGAUGGGGAUGAUGGAGAUGAUGGGGAUGAAUGGAGUGAUGGGGAUGAUGUGGAUGAUGUGGAUGAUGGAGAUGAUAAAGAUGAUGGGGAUGAUGGGUGUGAUGGAGAUGAUGGGGAUGAGGGGGGUGAUGUGGAUGAUGGAGACGAUGGAGAUGAUGUGGAUGAUGUGGAUGAUGGAGAUGAUGAAGAUGAUGGGGAGGGUGAUGGAGAUAAUGGAGAUCAUGGGGAUGAUGGAUAUGAUGGGGAUGAUGGAGUUGAUGGAGAUGAUGGAGAUGAUAGGGAUGAUGGGGAUGAUGGGGGUGAUGGGGAUGAAGGGGGUGAAGGAGAUGAUGGAGAUGAUGGGGAUGAUGGAGAUGAUGGAGAUGAUGGAGAUGAUAGGGAUGAUGGGGAUGAUGGGGAUGAUGGGGGUGAUGGGGAUGAAGGGGGUGAUGGGGAUGAUGGGUGUGAUGGGGAUGAUGGAGAUGAUGGAGAUGCUUGGGAAAAUGGAGGUGUAGGGAAGAUGGGGGGUGAUGGAGAUAAUGGAGAUCAUGGGGAUGAUGGAUAUGAUGGGGAUGAUGGAGUUGAUGGAGAUGAUGGAGAUGAUAGGGAUGAUGGGGGUGAUGGGGAUGAAGGGAGUGAAGGAGGUGAUGGGGAUGAUGGAGAUGAUGGAGAUGAUGGAGAUGAUGGAGAUGAUAGGGAUGAUGGGGAUGAUGGGGGUGAUGGGGAUGAAGGGGGUGAUGGGGAUGAUGGGUGUGAUGGGGAUGAUGGAGAUGAUGGAGUUGCUUGGGAUAAUGGAGGUGUAGGGAAGAUGGGGGUCAUGUGGAUGAUGGGGAUGAUGGAGGAGAUGUGGAUGAUUGGGGUGAUGGGUAUGAUGAUGAUGGGGAUGAGGAGAAUGAUGUGGAUGAUGAGGAUGAUGUGUGGUGAUGGAGAUAAUGGAGAUCAUGGGGAUGAUGGAUAUGAUGGGGAUGAUGGAGUUGAUGGAGAUGAUGGAGAUGAUAGGGAUGAUGGGGAUGAUGGGGGUGAUGGGGAUGAAGGGGGUGAAGGAGAUGAUAGGGAUGAUGGAGAUGAUGGAGAUGAUGGAGAUGAUGGAGAUGAUAGGGAUGAUGGGGAUGAUGGGGGUGAUGGGGAUGAAGGGGGUGAUGGGGAUGAUGGGUGUGAUGGGGAUGAUGGAGAUGAUGGAGAUGCUUGGGAUAAUGGAGGUGUAGGGAAGAUGGGGGUCAUGUGGAUGAUGGGGAUGAUGGAGGAGAUGUGGAUGAUUGGGGUGAUGGGGAUGAUGAUGAUAGGGAUGAGGAGAAUGAUGUGGAUGAUGAGGAUGAUGGGAUGUGAUGGAGAUGAUGGAAAUGAUUGGUGUGAUGGGGAUGAUGGAGAUGAUGGAGAUGAUGGGGAUGAGGGGGGUGAUGUGGAUGAUGGAGACGAUGUGGAUGAUGUGAAUGAUGUGGAUGAUGGAGAUGAUGAAGAUGAUGGGGAAAAUUGGUGUGAUGGGGAUAAAGGGGGUGAUGGGUAUGAAGGGCAUGAUGGGGGUGAUGUGGAUGAUGUGGAUGAUGGAGAUGAUGGGGAUGAUGGAUAUGAUGGAGAUGAUGGGGAUGAAUGGGGAGAUGGGGAUGAUAUGGAUGAUGGAGAUGAUGGAAAUGAUGGGGAUGAUGGAGAUGAUGGAGAUGCUUGGGAUGAUGGGGGUGUAGGGAGGAUGGGGGUUAUGGGGGUGAUGUGGAUGAUGGGGAUGACAGGUGUGAUGGGGAUGAUGGAGAUGGUGGGGAUGAAGGGGGUGAUGGGGAUGAUGGAAAUGAUUGGUGUGAUGAGAUGA